CAGAGCGAUCUGGGUGAUGGAGGUGCCUUAUUUUAAUCGGAAUCGGAGGGUUUUUGAGGAGAAAAAAACACAGAGAGACAGUGGCCAGAAGCUGACGAAAGUGUGUCUCCGCCCCGUCCGCUCGCUGCCUUUAAAAGACGCUGCACCGCCGCCUCUCGCUUCAUUUUUGAGUUUCGAGAGAGCUUGUGCAGAGUUACCGUCAUGACCGAGACAGCAGCUGCUGAAGUCGCUCCUCCAGCGGCGCCUGCCGCUGCAACCAAGGCUCCCAAGAAGAAGAAGGCAGCCGCCCGGACCAAGCCAGCCGGUCCCAAACUGGGCGAACAGAUCGACAAGAUCGUGGCGGAUUGCCGCAGUCCCCGAGGGGUGUCCAUAGUCGCGAUAAAGAAAGAGUUGGCUGCCAACGGCGUCGAUGUGGAAAAGCUCAAAAGUCAGAUCAAGAUGGUCAUUAAAAGGAAAUUGGAAAGCGGCUCCCUGAUUCACACCAAGGGCGCAGGUGCCUCCGGCUCCUUGAAGGCCGCUAAAAAGGACAGUAGCGCGAAAACCGUGAAAAAAGCGAAGAAACCAGCGGCGAAGACAUCUCAGAUCAAGAAGCCAGCGAUCAAGAAAACUGCGGCCAAGAAAGCAGCUAAGAAAUCUCCCGCCAAGAAACGAAGUGUUAAGAAACCGACGGCUAAAAAAGCGGCAGCUAAGAAACCAGCGGCCAAGAAGGCUGCGCAGAAGAUCAAGAGCCCCAAGAAGAUCGCAGCCCCGAAGGCGAAGGCGCCCAAAAAGUCGGCAAAACCCAAACCGAAGGCAAAAUCCGUGAAAGCCAAGAAGGCGACUGCCAAAAAGUAAAUAAAAAUACACAUUUUAAAGACCUGAGACCAACGGCUCUUCUAAGAGCCACUCACAUCUCCACCGAAAGAGCUGGAAAUUAGACGGCUCUCUGCUCAAUUACUCUGAAGCUGUCUCUUUGCAUCCCUCUCCGUCUCUCCCGGGCAGGUCAGGGUGAUGUGAUAAAAGGAGACAGUGCCGUUGGUUUGUCUUUGAACAGCACUUUGGAGAGUGAAGAGAUUGAAAAUUUAUUUGGUUGUAAUGAAUGUUUUGAAGAUGUACUGUACUGAGCAGCAAUUCAUUUCGGUGUUGGUUCCUGUGGUCCUUUUGAAAACCUUGCGGCUCUUUUCCCACAAAACCAUUUAGUAAAAGCAGUGAAUUAAAAUCAAUCUGUUUUCUCACUGUGUCCUCCUGUUUCCGGCAACACUGAAUUCACUCACCGCGAAAAGCUAUUCAGUAAAAACGUAAACAUUCAGAUUCAGCUAAUUGAAUGAAGAUGAUCGAUGUUUUACAUCAAGGUAGAAUUUGAUAAUUCGUGAUUCUUUUAAUUGUAAGAAAACCGGUUGCUCUUGAAACAAUAUUUUCUUUUGUUUGCUCUUGGAAUUGGCGGGCGAUUUGAAACUGAACCGGCAUCCAAUCACUGCAGUCAGACUGGCUAAAUUCCGACCCUGAGUCACCAAUUUCCAUAUUUGGUCAUGGGUAAUAUUCCCCACCA